AUGCUGAUUCCCCACAGCGAGCGUCGCACGUACAACCUGCAGCUCUCGGUCUUCACGUUGCUGUUUCUUGGCUCCCUGCUGAUCAUCGUGCUCUUCGCAUUUCUGGUUCUCUCCACCCACUUCACCGCCACCAAUGAGCGGAUGGCGUCGGUGAACCAAUCGUUGACGGCCAGCGAGUUUGCGUUGGAAGCGGUGGGAGAUGAGGUGAUCGCUCUGCAGGACACUAUGCAGGAGUUCCGGGUACUGCUCGACCAACUCCAGCGGAUGCUCAUCUCCGAGAACGUGAUCGCCAGCGCCGCACUCCGGGAUGGCGGGGACGGGGACCUGGCCUCCUUCGUGAGCCAUCCCACGGUGCUCUCGGACGACGUGCCCGGGGUCACCGCCCUCCGCCAGUUGAGCGCUGCCCUGGACGCCUCGAUGAGUCCGCUGACCGAGCUCAACGAUACGGUGGCGGCUCAGCGGGCGCUGCUGGUCGACGUUCCGACGCUCUGGCCGGUCCGCGGUGGCAGGGGAUAUGUGACCUUCCAGUACGGCCCGCAGCGGCAUCCGUUCACGGGCGCGUUCUACAUUCAUCGCGGCAUCGACAUCGGCAUGCACCGGGGCGCCGAAGUCGUCGCCACGGCCAACGGGACGGUCCGGCGGGUCGCCUACGAACGGUACAAUCUGGGCAACGUGAUCGAGAUCGAGCACAAGUACGGCUUCGUCACCCGCUACGGGCACCUGGGUCGAGUGCUGGUCGAAGCCGGGCAGACGGUGCAGCGAGGUCAGUUGAUCGGUCUGAUGGGGAGCACCGGUCGGUCGACCGGGCCGCACGUGCACUACGAGGUCAGCAUCGGCGGGCAGCUCCGAAACCCGGAGGAGUUCCUGACGAUUUCCGGCAUGGCCGGGGGUUUGUCACGAUGA